GGGCGUCGGCGUAAAUCCUGCUGGUUUUGUUUCCGCCCUUGAAAACUGUGGGAAAUGGAAAAUAGUUCAUUUCAAAAAAAGAAACGCUUUCCGCAUGAUUAUAAGAAACAGCAAUAUAUCACCCAGCAAACCCUAAAUGACAACCAUAUUCAUUGAUACAUGUAUCACCUGCAAGCAAAAUUAGACGGCUUCAAAAACUUACAUAGAAAUUUACUGAGGUCGCGGUAUCCUUAUUUUUGACAGUAUUUAUGCGAGGAGUCUUCUUUAGCAAUGAUGGGGAGAUUUUUUUGCUUGCUUUUUCUGACCAGCGAAUGCUGACAGACAUUUCAAUCCUUCGCCGUCAGUGGCGGCAGUUUCUCUUUGCUGACAGGCGAUUAGCAUUUGCUGGGCUGCAGGUACUGGCAAUUACUAUUUGCUGGGUGAAUUGUCUAUUCUGGGUUACUCGCAGGGGGUUGUGUGAAGGUGAGGGCAAUCAUCGUUUCUGCUGGUGCAUGUGACUGAUAUCCAGAAAGAGUCACUGGAAAACGUUUCUGAGAUAAUAUUGAUGCUUGCAGCUGGACUGCGAGAUAAGUCGAAAUUCGAGUUCUUUUACAUAUUUUCCAAGUUCAUUUUGCUGUUCCGUUGCUAGCCUGCGUGCCUAAAAGAGUUUUUAUUGAGAAUUUUGAAUCCUAAUUUUGAGUAUUGUCGUUCCUCGUUGCCGUUGAAUUGAUUUUGUGGGUGGAGCUGCUUGGGUCAGUUGUAUCAGAAUGUAAAGGGUAUCAGGUUUUUUUUUUAAAUUGGUUUUAUCUUCUUUAAGGUUGGAGAGCAAGUAAUUGCUCCCAUGAGUGGUGUUGCUUGGUAGCUGACCAAGUGGGUUCAUAGACUUUACAAUUUUCUAAAACGCAGAACUCAGUUUCAUCUUGUUUUCUUAAUUGGUGGUGUUGGUUUGUUGCUCGGUCUUGCUGAUUACUGGAGAAAGGGAUGGACUUCAACAAUGGCAUGAAAGUUGAAGUAUGCACUAAUGAGGAAGGUUAUAGAGGUGCAUGGUUUGAGGGGACAGUGGUGUUUAACGAGGGAGGGGGUAUUUAUAAGGUGCAGCAUGAAAAAUUUGAGAAUGAGAGAAAAGAACCCUUGGUGGAAGACUUCCACUUCACUCAAAUAAGACCACGCCCUCCUAAGAUGAACAUAAAAAAUUGGAAAGUUAAUGAUCCUGUUGAAAUAUAUGAUAAACACUGUUGGUGGAGGGGUGUUGUUUCGGAGCUUCUGCCUGAUUGUUAUUACUCUGUUCAUUUCCCAGAGUAUGGAGAAAAGGUCUAUUGCAGGUCGGCUAUGAGGGUAAAACAAGAAUGGCAUAAUGGUAAAUGGUCUAGGUCAAGCAGCUUGUCCUUGAAGAGAACUAUUGAGAAAGAAUUGGAUUAUGUGACACAAAAUUCACCUGUGAAGCGGAUGCGGAUACGGGUGAAGGGAAUAAAUGAAGGUGUAGGUCAGGGAGCUGUUGAGAAACAAUCAGAUAAUGUGGUACAAAACCUACCUGUGAAGCGGACACGGUUACAGUUGAAGGGUCUGAGUGAAGAUGCAAGUCCAAGUGGGGUAGUUAACCCUAAAGUGUCAGGAUCCAAGGUUGCAUCUUCUUCUAAAGGAAAGAGUUUAGGGGUUAGGGAGGAGUUGAGUGAUUUGCGGAGCAGGGUUACUGCUCUAGAGAAUAUUCUUGGUGUUAUCCAAGGGCAGUUGAAUGUACUUUUAGGUUAAGAGAAGUCCCAACCUCAGGGAAGAAAUUUGUAGCAUAAUGAGAACUAGCUAGGCAUGGGCAAUUGUAUUUUUUUUGGGUCCUUUUUCAUUUGCUUGAGCUUUUAAACCAAAAUUUUGAACGUAGAAAUUAGAAUCAUCUUUUGUAUUCUACACUUGUAUAGUUUGUAGAACAAUCGGCUUAAUAAUAAUUACCUUGUUAUUACAUUA